GCACCUUCAUGCGACACUAGAGCGCUAUAGCUUGCCAGAAAGACCGAUACCACAUCAAUGGCGGCGGGUGGCGUGUGGGUGUUCCGGAAGGACAGGGUGAUGGAGCUGGCGCAGGAGGCGUCGAGCAGGAAGGCGCUGGUGUACUUGCCGGCGAACGAGACGAUGCGGUCCCUGCCGGCUCUGGAGCGGCGGCUGGGGUCGCUGGGAUGGGAGCGCUACUAUGAGGACCGCGCCGUCGUGCAGCUUCACCGCCGCGACGGUAGCCUCGACCUCAUCUCGCUCCCGCGAGACUUUGCGCAGUUCCGCUCCAUCCACAUGUACGAUAUCGUCGUCAAGAACCGAGGCCACUUCAAGGUCAUCGGCCUCUAAACGGUAAACAUGCGUCUACCUACGUACGAACGUACCUACUUUUCCUGCCCAGUCAAGCUUGCAAGCUGUGUCGAUCUGUGUGUUGAAUGUAUGUGUGAUCGAUCCGAUCGUUGUGUAACAAUGGAUGCCUUGUACUGUACUAUACGAGGCGUAUUCCGUUGUUCGUACGCCUCUCAGGAGAGUACCCAGUACUACUAGCAUGAGCUAUACUCCCAUUGAUUGGAGCUCGGUUGUGUUUGUUAUAAAUUUUUCUGCGUGGUUGUGUUUUUUAGUGAAAGCUCCCUAUUUUUAAUUUCCAA